CUCUUCCAUGACCUACCGCGUGGUGCUGGGCAAGCAGGACCUGUCUGUUGAUGAUGAACCAGGCUCAGUGGCCGUGGAUGUGGACAAGAUGAUCGUGCACGAGAAGUGGAACUCCUACCUCAUCAUCAAUGACAUUGCCCUGCUCACGCUGGCAGAGCCAAAAGCAGGGGGCCCCCGAGGGGUCCCUGGGGAGGGGUCCAAUGGACCCCUGGCUGAUGCCCUGCAGCAGGCUCUGCUGCCCGUGGUGGACCAUGAGACCUGCUCUCAGAGGGACUGGUGGGGCAGCAAUGUGAACAACAACAUGGUGUGUGCCGGUGGUGAUGGUGUUGUCUCUGGCUGCAACAAGAAACCCACAGUCUUCACCAGGGUGUCUGCCUACAUCGACUGGAUCAACGAGAAAAUCAGCGAGAACUGA